AUGCCGGUCGACUAUUCGAAAUGGAAAGACAUCGAGAUAUCAGAUGACGAAGACGACACCCAUCCAAAUAUUGACACUCCGUCGUUGUUUCGUUGGCGGCAUCAGGCGCGCUUGGAACGAAUGGCGGAACUGCAGAAAAUCAAGAAAGAAGCGGUGCAGAAACUGACAGAUUACCAACAGAAGAUGAACGACAUCAAGAAGAAAAUCGCCGACAGUUCAACGUCCGAUGCAGAGAGAAUGCGCCUGGAAGCGGAAAUGAAGGAAAUCGAGAACCAGGAGGUAGAGUGGAGAAAAAAAGAAGAGGAAAUAGAAAAGAAAGAGAGACUUCAGCCGUGGAACGUGGACACGAUAAGUCGAGAUGGGUUCAGCAAGAGUCGCAUUAACAAAGUGCAGCCUCUGCCAAAAGAAGAAAACCUCACCGAGGAGGAAAAGGAAGAAAAAAUGCGGAAGUUUGUGGAGGAGAACCGUUCACUGAUAAAGCAGUACGGGAUGCUUCAGAGGUCAGAAGACACGAAGCAGUUCUUGUUGGAACACCCACACCUGUGCUCUGAACACACCGCGAAUUGUUUGGUAAUCGAUUGUUUGAACUACGAAAUCGAAGGGAAACAUGAGCUCAUGGAACACGUCGCCCAUCAGCUGGUCAUUAUGCAGUACUUGUUGGAACUUGCCACACAGCUGAAUGUCGACCCAAAGGCAUCGCAGUUGAUUUCUUCAUUCUUUUCCAAGCUCAAGAAGGCGGAUAAGCCGUAUCACGACAUGUUCGAGGACGAACUUAACAGUUUUAAGAGCCGAGUGGUCGCCCGUGCCAAGCAGAAGUUGGAACAAGCGACACACGAGUACGAGGAAGAGGAAAAGAAAAAGCGUCUUGGUCCUGGCGGAUUGGAUCCAGUUGAAGUUUUUGAAUCGCUACCGCCGCAAAUGAAGGAAUGCUUCGAAAAGCAGGACAUUGAGCAGCUGAAGCAGGUUGCAUUAUUAAUUCCACCUGAAGAGUUCGAGUAUCACUUUAAACGCUGUAUCGAUUCCGGUCUAUGGGUUCCUGAUGCCAAGAAGGCGGAACAGGAGCAGCCGACGACGUCAGCGGCAACAGAUCCUCAAACACCAACGCCUUCAGCGGCUGAAGACAGUACAGGAAAAGAGGAAGCUGAAGACGGUUGUUCGUUACGACAAAGAAAGGGCGCCUCGAACUCACCGGAAAAGUAA